AUGGUAAUGCUGAGCGACCAUUCCAUGCGUGCGAGCCUUCAAGUGGCUCCUCUCAAGCUUCACAAAUCCCAAUCUUGCGAUGCGCUGUCCUCGAAACAGGACCACUACAGCUCCAAGUCACACAUGACACCACCCGCGACACCCAAUGGCUCGCAGGAAGACCUGGCCGCGGAGCAGCUGCCGCCGCCCGUCUUCCACAACUUCCUGCGAGCCUUCUAUCCCUUCCAUCCGAGCUACGCCAUGACCGACUCGAGCGUCACCCUGCCAUUGAACGAGGGAGACGUCAUCUUGGUGCAUUCCAUCCACACGAAUGGCUGGGCUGAUGGAACCCUGCUGGUAUCGGGUGCGAGGGGAUGGCUUCCGACCAACUACUGCGAGGCAUACGAUCCGGAAGAGAUGAGGAAUCUGUUGAAAGCUUUACUCAACUUCUGGGAUCUGCUGCGUAGCACAUCAGUCAACGAUAGCGAAAUAUUCGGCAACCAAGAGUUCAUGAAGGGCAUCAUCGCUGGAGUGCGGUAUCUCUUGGAACGCACGCACUGUCUGACUAGAGAAUCUGCCAUCAUCACUCGCAACGACAGCCUGAGGCGGGCCAGGAAGACGCUGCUCUCUGAGCUGUCUGCCUUGGUAAAGACGGCGAAGCGGUUACAAGAAGCACAGAAGGGCGUGGCCCAACACCGGGAAGACGUCAAUGACAUAAUUGACGAGAUGAUCCUCAAGGCCUUCAAGAUCGUUACCAAGGGCGUGCGGUUCUUCGACAUCCUCGAGGAUGACCGCCGGCAACGUGCCCCUGCAGUCACAGUCAUGGCUACUGUCAUUGAGGAAUCGUACAUCCCCCGACGCCACCUGCAGAUCACAUAG